UCAAGAGGAAAUAAGCUGAAGCUGAUGCUUCGAAAGGGAGAAGCCCCUGUUGCCAUUAAGCCUGAGGUGUCAGAGAGAGAAGACAAGGCCAAAGAGUUCUUGAGCAGCCUGAAACGCCAGAAGCGCCAGCUGUGGGACAGGACUCAGCCCGAUGUGCAGCAGUGGUACCAGCAGUUCCUCUACUUGGGCUUUGAUGAAGCGAAAUUUGAAGACGACAUCUCCUACUGGACAAGCCUGGGCCGGAGGGGCCACGAAUACUACGGUGGCUACUACCAGCACCACUACGAUGAAGACUCACCCAUCGGUCCACGGAACCCACAUACCUUCAGGCAUGGAGCGGGUGUCAACUAUGACGAUUACUAAUGCCAUUUAUCCUGCCAUUUAUCCUGUAGUUAGUAGCUACGUGGCUGUGUUGGGCCUGGCUGAGUCUUCCCUCAGUCAGUGCUGCUGCUUCCCUACUAGCUGCUCACAGAAACCAGCAAGAAGAAAGGAUCUGUGAGAUGCAGUGUGACUU